CCCUCCUGACGCGCACUCAGUCUGCCCAGCAUGUAGUGUCAGCGGGACUUAUUUAAUUAAGACUUUAUAGCAAGCCUAGGAGCACAUAAAAGGAAGGCAGAGAGGAUUCCUGCGGGUCAUGUGAGAAAAAAAACAGCCACCAUCCCGGUUUCCUCCUCCAGUGUUUUUGCGCGCGGACCGCGGAGAGAUGGGAGCGGUGCGCCCGGAGCGGAGCGCUCUGCCGCUGCACUGCCUCCUCCUCCUCGUCCUCCUUCUCCUUGGCUUCUCCGUGUCCACCUCCGCGGCCUGGGACCUGGUUCUGCUCCACACCAACGAUGUACACGCCCGGGUGGAGGAGACCAGCAAGCACUCCGGGAAAUGUGGCGGCAGCGGGUGUUUCGCCGGGGUGGCCCGGAGAGCCACGGUGAUCAAGGGGAUCCGCAGCAGCGAGAGCAACGUGCUGCUGCUGGACGCUGGAGACCAGUUCCAGGGGACCGUCUGGUUUAACUACUACAAGGGAGCCGAGGCUGCUCACUUCAUGAACAAACUGCGUUAUGAUGCCAUGGCUUUUGGAAAUCAUGAGUUUGACAAUGGAGUGGAAGGACUCAUGAAACCAUUCAUGGAGCAGAUCAAGUGUCCAGUUCUCAGCGCCAACAUCAAACCAGACAAAACUUUGGCCCCGACGUUCGGCAACUCUUAUUUACCCUAUAAGAUCCUUAAUGUUGGUGGUGAGAAGGUGGGCGUGGUGGGAUAUACAUCGCGGGAAACUCCUGAUCUGUCCAAACCUGGACCACACCUGAAGUUCGAGGACGAGGUGACGGCCCUGCAGCUGCAGGUGGACAAACUGCAGAUGCUGGGAGUCAAUAAGAUCAUCGCUCUGGGUCACUCAGGCUUCACUGUGGAUCAGGAGAUUGCCAAGAAGGUCCGAGGAGUCGACGUCGUCAUCGGUGGACACAGCAACACUUUCCUCUAUACAGGACCCCCUCCUUCCUCUGAAGUCCCUGCAGGUCGUUAUCCGUUUAUGGUGAAGUCAGAUGACGGGCGGCAGGUUCCUGUUGUACAGGCCUACGCUUUUGGAAAAUAUCUGGGUUAUCUGAAGAUGACCUUUGAUAAAGCUGGGAACGUGCUGACGUCGACAGGAAACCCAAUCCUGCUGAACAGCAGCGUUCCACAGGAUCCAGAAAUUCUUGCCGAUGUGGAGGAAUGGAAAAAGAAUCUGAGCAGCUACUCGGCUCAGGUGGUGGGAAGGACUCUGGUCUUCCUGAACGGGACAACUGAGGAGUGUCGAUUUCAGGAGUGCAACCUGGGAAACCUUAUCUGUGAUGCCAUGAUCGACAACAACAUCAGAUCCUCUGAUGAUCUCCAGUGGAACCACGUCAGCGCCUGCAUCUUCAAUGGAGGAGGCAUCCGCACAUCGAUUGACGAACGCACCAGGAAUGGUUCGAUCACCAUGGAGGACCUGAUCUCCGUCUUACCUUUCGGAGGAACCUUCGACCUGGUGCAGCUGAAGGGCUCCACGCUGUUUAAAGCCUUCGAACACUCAGUGAGACGAUACGGCCAGAGCACCGGAGAGUUCCUCCAAGUGUCCGGAUUUCAUGUGGAGUUUGACUUCUCCAAACCUAAGGGGCAUCUGGUGAAGAGCCUCAGCAUCCUCUGCACAAAGUGUCGUGUUCCACGCUACGAGCCUGUUGAGGAUGAGACGGUUUAUAAAGUGGUGCUGCCUUCCUACAUGGUGAAGGGUGGAGAUGGAUUUACCAUGAUCCCAAACGAGAUGCUCAAACACGACAGCGGGAAUUUGGACAUUUCAGUCGUGUCCAACUACAUCAUGCAGAAAAAGACAGUUUAUCCUUCUGUUGAAGGACGCAUCAAGAUCUACAACUCAGCUUCUAGACAAACCGCUUCAAUGGUUUUACUGGUUUCACUGGGGCUGCUAUGGACUCUGUGGGGGAGUGUGUGAGACUGACUUUACCCAGAAACACAGGACUGAAAAAGGUUUCUAACCAAACUGCAUGAGAACUUGAAGCACUAACCAGACUGAAGGAUGUCAUUUUAACUACUUCACGAAAAUAUGAUUUUAAUUUUACCUUUAAGUGUGUUUUACAAUGAUUGUAAAAUAAAAGGUAAGCCCAUUUCCAUGUGGACCAACUUUGGAUGAAACCGCAGCUAAGGUGCCGUAAAAGCUGCAGUUCCUGUAACGACCACUAGAGACAACUUCAAGGAGACAGAAUGUUUUGAGUUAAACGGGAAAUCCUCAAAUGUCUUUUCAGAAACAUGAAAUAAAAACACUCUUUACACAAGAA